CGCGUUCGCGAAGGUUGAUUAAAUUGUUGACUUUAAAUGUUUGCAUUCAAUUGUUCCAUAUGGUAGUGGUAGCUGUUGUUAUUAUCCAUCCCGACUGCACCAUGUACUGUUGAUGUUGCUGCUGAUUUUCCAACAAAACGCAGAUACAAAAACUACGGCAACAACAACAAAGCGUAUUUAUUGCGGUAGCAGACACAAAAGGGAAGCUUAUCGAUUAGUUUUCCAUCGACAGUCAACGAGCGAGUGAGCUGAGUGGAAAAUCUUUUUUAUUUGACGGUCAAUUGUGCUUAAAAAAAAUAAUGUAAAUGAAAACAAGUGCAAAAUGUUAUUGUUGUUUGUGCGCGUGGACGUAAUUGACGGCAAUUGAUGAAUGUUUUGCAGACGUAGCUUUAGGUGGUCCGUGUCUCGUUUGGGACAACAACGCAAAACGCCCAAAAGUGGUUUCUAUUUAACGGUAUUGAAGUGCAUGUGAAUUGAGUAGAAAAAUAAAUAAAAUAUUUAGGUGAAAUAGAAAUAAAAUAAUGCUUAUAAAAGAAAUUUAAAAAGGUGUAACACAAAGGGCGGAAAAUUUGCAAAGAUAAAGUCAGCAAAAGCAAAAAUUUGCAAAUGCAAACGAUAAGAGGCCAUACGUUAAACGGCGUGCAGUGCAAAAAACAACGAAUGUUGAGCAACAACAUAAAGUGAAAAAUUCCAAUAAGAAAUAAGUAGAAUAAAGAAAAUUAGUCCAAAAUAGUCAUUUGUGAAAAUUUAAAAUAAAAUUUAUAUAUCUUAAGACGGUUAAGUGGUAAAUUGUGCGAUUGUUUAAAAUGUGUCAUUUAUAGAAAAUAAUUGUGCAAUUGAAAAGUGUAGUGUCAAAUCAAGCAGCAGUAUUGCAUCGCAUCUGCCCUAAGCAGAUAAAACCAAACAGGGACCAAGCUUUGAGGUGUUGGCGCCGCCGUCUGUCUCUACUGCAGCAAAGCUAAAAUGUGGAUAUCAUCCAACAACAAAUACGGCGUUGCCAUACACAAUUGGCAUGGUGAUGUCCGUUUUGGUCUGGCGCUCGACGUGGGCGAUUCCGUUGAAAUUCUGGAAGAAUGCAAAAACUGGUAUCGUGGCACAUGUGCGCGAAAGUCGCGCGCUGUCGGAAUCUUCCCCAAAACCUAUAUACACAUUAAGGAUCUGUCGAAAAUUGAUCCAGUAGUCGGUGAAUGUACACAAGUCCUGCGUGAAUGGUCGGAAAUAUGGAAGAAACUUUAUGUGGAUCGAGAAACGUACAAAUUUCACACAUUACGCAAGGUAAUGUUGUCCAUCUUGGAGUGUCGACGCGAGCUGUUAGGUGCCACAUUGACGCAGGACCAAACAUUGGAAUUGCAAACAUUGGUUGUUUCGCGCAUCGAUUGGGGAAAUCGAAAGCUCGGCUUGGAUCAAGUGCCACGUAUCGGUCCACUAGCUGUAGAUCCGCACAACAUCGGCAUUGUAGGUUUGUACAAUGUGCAUGUAUCUAGCGCAGACAAUGCCAAAGCAUCUUCGAGCCGAGGCACGUUGCGUCGCAAAGUUCAACGGAAAAUUCUCACACACCAUUUAUACUUUUGUAUGCGUGAUUUCGGCCACCGUAUCGGCGGCGAUGAUGCUGAGGUAUAUUUCUACCUAUACGAUGCCAAUCCGAUGCGCAUGCGUGCGUUGUCCGAGCGAUUUCUGGUUAAGAUCUCCAAAGACGGUUUCUCAAAUUACAUAGAAAAAUUGCAUAGCAAUUGUACGGUGUUCACGGAUUUGGGUGCUGUCGAUUUAAAUGAAGACCUACAUUUAGUGGCUGUGGUAAUGCGCGUGGGCAAAAUUAAUCCUUCGGAAACGGGCAAAAAGGUGGAAAAGAAUAAUAGCCUCUGUUGCACGGGUCCAACCUAUCGUCGGCCAUUUGGUGUGGGUGUUUUGCCGCUAAACGAUAUUACACAAUAUGAUAGCUCAAUUGAGUCGGAGGAGAAAGAGUAUAACUUUAAGAUUUACCAAUGCGAAGAAAAAGACUUCCAUCAACUACACGAAUUAAUUAUUAAGAAAUCCACUGGCAAAUUCUCGCCAAUAACCUCAGGCAAUCAAAAUACACAGGGUAUCGUAGUUUCGUUGAAGCUAUUGCACGGCGGACUCGGACAGGCGCGCCAAGAGCAACCGUUACUCUUUCAAGGCACGACAAUCACACGAAAAAUGGGCUUUCCCGAUGUCAUCAUGCCCGGCGACGUGCGCAACGAUCUCUUUAUUACGCUGGAACGCGCCGAGUUCGAGCGUGGCGGCAAGAAUACCGCAAAAAAUAUACUAACUACCGUGGUUGUGCUCGACACGGCUGGUAAUAUUUUAACGGAAUGUUUGUGGGGCGCUUCGGGCAUGGAUUCGCAGAGCUACUACAAAUCCAUGAUAUUGUAUCAUCAGAACUCUCCCUGUUGGAAUGAAAUGUUGCGCCUGAGUGUGCCCAUAGAUAAGUUCUCCGCUGCGCAUGUGCGUUUCGAGUUUCGUCAUUGUUCUACACGCGAUAAAUCGGACCCGAAACUCUUCGGUUUCAGCUUUGCGCGUCUUAUGGAUCCCAGUGGUGCGACACUGACCGAUGGCCAACACGAGUUGUACGUCUACAAGUGUGAAGAUUUGGCCAAACUGCAUGCCGGUAAUUAUCUAAAAUUGCCAAGCAAACCGAAGGAUCCGCACGCCAAAGUGGAUUGCAGUUCCAUAUUCCAUCGUAGUUCAAAGGAAGUUUUUGUCAUUAAAUCACUUUUAUGUUCGACGAAACUCACGCAGAAUGCCGAUCUGCUGUCGCUACUGCAGUGGCGUACAAAUCCCGAGACGAUACAAGACUCACUUACGGGUGUGUUGCGUUUGAACGACGAGGAGCUGGUUAAAUUCCUGCAAGAUGUGCUCGAUGCAUUAUUCGCCAUGUUCUCCAAUGAGGAAGGUAACAGCACUGAGCAUUCGGGUCUGGUCUUUCAUGUGCUCGUCAGCAUUUUCAGCGUCUUGCAAAGCAAUAAAUUCCAACAUUUUCGUCCCGUUAUGAAUGCUUACAUUGAGAAUCACUUCGCAGCCGCGCUCGUCUAUAAGGGUUUGAUAACUUCGGUUGAGCAUAUGGCUGUGUUUAUGACCAAGGCUGAGCAUCCAGAUCCAUUUCAGAAAUGCUUCAGUUCGCUAGAGUACAUCUUCAAAUUGCUGAUACAAUCGCGCAAGCUGUUUGCCCGCGCUACCGGCGGCCAGUAUGAGGACUCGUUCCGCAGAGAUUUGCACUCGCUUUUUACGGCGCUCAACGGUAUGUUGGCGGUGCCAUCCUACGAUGUAAUCAUACCCACACAAGAGGCGCUGCUGAACUCCACCGGCGUGGUGUUGGAGCAGUUGAAGGACACAUUACCCGCGCCGGAGUUGGGUAUGCUGGCACGCAAUAUGCUGGAUGCCAUACCCAGAGAUGCGCCAGUACGUCUGGUGCAGGCCAAGCUGAAUGCGGUUAAGGAUCUGGUGUCUGGCGAGCUGUUUCACGAAGAUGACUCACGCACUGUGGUGCUCUCUGUCGCCUGCAAACAUUUGCGCAUGCACCUUGGUCGCCGCGAUGAGCUACGCCUGUGUGCCGAAAUAAUAUCUGAAAUUCUCAAUCACCUCUACGAUCUGCAGCGUCAGCAGCGCGAAAAAGUCACAAAUACUUUGCAACAUGAUCUGGAUUCGCUGUGUAAAAACAUCCUCGGCAUACUCAUAAAAACCAUAAGCAUUAUGAUGGAAGGUGCCAACACUGUGCUGCCACAAUUGGUCGCUUGUCUACUGGGUCUGUUGCAGCUCCUCGAUGAGACACAUUACAAACACUACUGGGACGAGUUGAGCCCCAAUAAGGAUCCACGUGAUUUGAAAGAUUUCCUCAGCAAGUCUUUAUUGGUGUUUGAGGAACUGCUCUCGCAAGAUUGGCAAGUGUUCCCUACCGAUUGGCUGAUCAUGAAAUUGGCUUGCAACGAUGUUCUGCGUAAGGCUUUGGAGGAGUUCGCUAAACCAUUGGUUUACCGUUUUCUCGGUCCACAAUCCUUUGACUCACCACUUUGGUGGUCUUACUUCAGUUUGGCGGUAACAUUUCUAACACAGCCCUCACUGCAAUUGGAAAAAUAUCGCGAACCGAAACGUCGAAAGAUUUUGAAUACUCAUGGUGACAUGCGCGUGCUAAUGGGCUUCCAGAUACUAAGCAUGUGGUCACAGUUGGGGGAGCAGAAAUUACACUUUAUACCCUCGAUGGUUGGGCCGUUCUUGGAGGUCACGCUCGUGCCUGAGCAGGCACUGAGAAAAGCGACCCUCACGGUGUUCUACGACAUGAUGCAAUGCGAACAAAGCGCACGUGGUUCAUUCCGCUUAGUGGAGAGUGAACUUAUCGAUAAGUUGGAUCUGCUUAUCAGCGAAAAUAAAGGCGAUGAUGAGUAUCGCGAACUUUUCAGCACAAUGGAACAUCUAAGCUUGGUUUUGCUUGAGAAAGUGCAAUCGGAGAAUCCCAAUUGGAAAGACUCGGGCAUUGCUUUCAUAGCAUCUGUGACGCGUUUAUUGGAACGUCUGUUGGAUUAUCGCAGCGUUAUGCAGGGCGAGGAGAAUCGUGACAAGCGCAUGUCCUGCACAGUGAACUUAUUGAAUUUCUAUAAAAAUGAAAUCAAUCGCAAGGAAAUGUAUUUGCGAUAUAUCUACAAACUGCACGACUUGCAUUUGCAAGCCGAAAACUACACAGAGGCCGGCUACACGCUCAAACUCUAUGCUAAUAUGCUCAGUUGGGAUCGGGAAUCGCUCUGCUUUGCGCCUUGUGAUAACACUGGCCAGCCGGAGUGGCAGCGCAAGGAGCGGCUUUAUCACGAGAUUCUGAAAUAUUUCGAUAAGGGCAAAUGUUGGGAGAAAGGUAUACCGUUAUGCAAAGAAUUGGCUGUGCUUUACGAGACACGCCGCUUCGACUACAAUAGGCUCAGUGAAAUACUUAUUUUGGAGGCGAAAUUCUUUCAAAAUAUCUUGACACAGUUGCGGCCGGAGCCGGAGUAUUUCCGCGUUGGUUUCUAUGGUUUGGGUUUUCCGCUAUUCGUGCGGAAUAAACAGUUUGUAUAUCGCGGCUUGGAGUACGAACGCAUUGGUGCUUUCACACAACGCUUGCAAACCGAAUUUCCCACAGCGCAAAUUUUAACCAACAACAGUCCACCGGACAACUCGAUACUCACUGCACCCGAACAGUAUAUACAGAUUAGUAAUGUGCGACCGGUUGGCGAUGCGCAAGCGUUGAAGACGGCAAUGGUGCCGGUGCCGGAGAAAAUUGCUAGAUUCUAUGAAGUCAACGACGUCACGCGCUUCAUCUACGAUCGCCCCAUCUACAAAGGUCCGAUUGAUAAGGAUAACGAAUUCAAAUCACUUUGGAUCGAACGAACGAAACUCGAAAUAUCCAAUCCGCUGCCGGGCAUAUUACGUUGGUUCGAAGUGAAACACAAGUCAGUGCACGAAAUCACACCCGUCGAAUUCGCCUGCGAGACAAUGAACAAUGUUGGCAAAGAAUUAUGGGAUCUGAUAGUACAGUACCGCAGCGAACCAAAACGCAAUAUAAAUCCGUUCUCAAUGCGUUUGCAGGGCAUUAUCGAUGCCAAUGUAAUGGGCGGCAUAAGCAAAUAUCAAGAGGCAUUCUUCUCCGAACAGUUCCUCAAAUCGCCACAAGGUCACGGCCAACAAGCGAAUGUGCAAAAAUUGAAAGCACUUAUAUUGGAGCAAAUACAAGUGCUGGAGCAAGCCUUAGAGCUGCACGGCACACUGGCGCCAUCGGGCGUACAACCGCUACACAAUCGUUUGCUCGAACGCUUCUCACAGCUAAAGCAAAGCUUAUCGGGACUCGGUCGUUUGAAGCGACAACAUUCGGAGAGUAUAGUUAAUACACCACUGCCACCACUACCAACGGAGAAUCGCACUAUGAGCCUGGGUAAUCCCAAUACAAAUGCUGGAUCUUCAAAUUAUUAUGGUGUGUACGAGCAUGAUGAUAUAUAUACGCGACCGGGUGACACGCUGCGCCCAGUUGAAACUGCAAACACAUUGCUUAUAAAUAAUUCAUACCAAAUGCUGAGCAAUGAGAGUAUGAGCACAGUAGAGAUUACGCGUGACAAAGUGCCACCGGUGCCGAAUCGACCGCGUUCGCAGAAUUUCAUGGGCAGCAUGGAUGGGCCAGAGGUGCCGCCCAAACGUAAUACGAAUCAGCCCGGUUCACCAAGCGCGCCACCGCUACCGCCGCGUGGCAUAACACCCGACAAACGCGCCUCAAAUCCGAUUGCAAUAAAUGAUUUCACGAGUAGCCAAUACCCGUCGGCUGGCUCCAUGCCACGUCGCCCACUAUCGGCACACCAUCAACAACAACAGCAGCAGCAGCAACAGCAACAGCAUGAGCACGGUCAAAAGUAUGCUGUGGUGGAUAUUAGUUUUGACGAUCCCGAAGCCGAUCAACCACCACACUCGCUAACGAGCGUCGGCGAGACACAACAACUGAAUGUGGUCGGUUAUGGGCCAAAUGAUUUUCGUGAUUCCGGCAUCUCAACGACAAGUUCACACGAGCUGAACAACUUGAAUAAUCUAAGCGAAGAGUCAUCGAGCAAUUCCCAAAGCACCGUGCAUCACCGCGAUCACUGUCGCAUGGCGUCGAAUGGCAGUCUCGACAGCGCGUACACAAUCAACGCAACACUCAAUAUAAAUCAACGUGAAAACUCCGCGAAUUCCUUUGAUAUCGAAGAUCUGCCAAUGCCGCCACCACCACCCAUACCACCCAAGUCUUUGAAUAUUACGCAGAACACGACGGAUUCAUCUUCGCUCGACGAGCAGCAUUCGCCAUUGCCCAAAGCAAGCCAAAAUCAAAAUCAUACCACAAGUAACAAUCAUGCACACGCACAUCUACCACCACAUCCACAUCAUUUGCAGCCAAAUUGCAAUCAUAAUCAUAGCAAUACGAAUCGCCAGACGAACGGCAUCAACAACACGCACAACGACGGUUAUACAACACCAAAAACGCAUGACGGCGGCGGCGUUGAUAGUGCCACCGCCAAGGAAACGCACAAUGAUGGCGGCACUUUUUGAGUUGCAAUAUGUCGCUGCCAUCAGCCGGUACUGAGACCCAUUGCGCCACUACCGCCGCCCUCCGGCACAACGACUGAGACCGAAACUGAGACUUCAUCGACAACAACAACAACACAAACGCCUUCACCAACACCACCACCGCCGCCACCGCUGCCCUUACUCCGCAUACAUAACACACACAACACCGCUACGAACGCCGGCCAAACCUUGCGCCGGCGCCCAUUCAAAAUCACAAUACCAAGUGCCAGCACAAGCGCAAGCGCUGCUGCCAACACGGCCGCCACCUCAUUAUCGCUGCCCACAAGCACAAACCCAUUGCAUACAUCAUCAUCAUCAUCACCAUACAUACAUCAGCACUACCAUCAUUAUAAUAGCGUUCAUUAUUGUCAUGACUGUCUCUCCUCACCCUCACCACCACCACCACCACCUCUACCAGCGACAUCAGCAUCAGUAGUUGCGGCUACCAUAACCGAGCAGGCAGUGGUGCAUGCUUCCUCGUCUAUGUCCUCACUGGUGACACCGCCACCGUUGCCGCCAUUAUUACCGCUGCCAAAGCCAUUGGCCCAAACCCAGGACGCGUCGUCUGCGCCUUUACUGGAGCAUUGUUCCUGUGGCUUGACGUUCACCGUGGAACCGGAGCCUGUCUACGAGUUGUCGCCGCGUGCGGUACACUUUGAAUCCCCCAUACAGUCCACGAUAUACGGCAGCCAAAGUGUAUAUAGUAGUAGCAGUAAUGUCUAUGAGUACGAACAGUCGACAACGAACGAUUCGAGCGAGGAUUACGUGAGCAAAGUGCAAACUCAAACCACACACAUUCAUGCGCACUGUUGUCAGCAUGCGCGCAACAAUGCGCAUGCGCAAACUGAAUUCGUCUAUGAACCGCGAUGAUGUUGUUGAUGUUAUUGGGGCGAAGUGCAUGAAAUGUUCAUGAUUUUAUUGCAAAUAGUAUUGUAACUCAAAUAUUCUAACUCUUUAUCGAUAGCCAAACAAAAUUACGCCAAAUGGCAUUUAGAUAUAUACAUACAUACAAACAAACAUAUAUGCAAAUGAAUUGGAAUAUACUAAUCAUAUGUUGUAGGGCACUAAAGUGAAGCGCGCAACGUUUGCAGUUACUAGUUGCGAACGCGCAGACAACUUUUACUAAUGUUGUAUUUGUAUUUUAGCAGUAACGUAUGAAUAACUUUAAUUAUAAUUGCAUUCGAAUGUCGAGAAUUUGUAAAAUAUAUACAUAUGUACGUAUCCUAAAGUCUUCUAAGUAAAUACACACAUACAUACAUAAGCAUUGGAAUUUUGAAAAAUUAAAGUAGUUAUUAUGGAAAAAUUAUCCGAUAUUAUUUUUUUCAUCGUCUUUAACCUCAAAUAAUAACUCAUAGUUAGCUUAGUUAGGUACACAUAUACACAUAAUAUAGCAACAACAUUUAAUAAAAUAACUUUUGUGGCGGCAGAAAACAUUCCCACGAUAGUUUUGAGAAAUGCUUUCGACAGUCUGAUCCACGUGGCCGGCAGGGACCCUGGCUUUUUCUAACCAAGUGCUUUCAGGAAGACCGGGAACAAAAUUUGAAACUCAACGCACAAGCGAGGUAGCUCUUGCAAUCCGAGGACUGUCAGCACAGCUGUGUGUGUACUCAUUAGUUUUGAGAACCUUGUGCUUUGUCCGACGUUAGUCCGGGUCGAUGUCGUUACGCAAAUCUUAUCUCUUAUGGACACGCUGAACUCAUUAGCAGUUUACUCGUGUCAAGUGCAAUACAAAGUUUAAAAAAGUAGCAUUUAACAAAACUGUUAUGCUCUGUAGCAACAUGUUGCAAGUGUAUAAAAACUACACAAAUAGUAGUAAUAAAUUCUCGAAUACUAAGUAGUACCAAAUAAUGCUGGGGACUUCUUUUAAAUUAUUUUUACGAUCAUUUUGUAAUAUUAUUUAAGGUUUUGAUAUUUUUUCAUUCAUUUAAAUUAGUAAAUAAGAAGAUUUUACAAAUUAUGUGCAUAAAUUAUGUAAGGUUAGGUUUAUCUAGUACCCAAUAACGAUUUCAUUUACCCAAAUACAAUAGUUAAACGAAACAUUAAGACAAUUGUCCGCCAGACUUUAAGAAAUAGCAUAGAUUUCAGAUUUCAAGCAAUAGCAAUUAUUGGUGAAUUAUUUUUUCUCAAAAGAAUAGUUAAUAUUAUUACGGCCUGCAAUCGAUUAUGAGUUUUUAAUAUUAUUUGGGUUAUUUGUUUUGUUUUUUUGUUGCAAUAGUUCCGCAUUUAUUCCAUAUUCUUUAUUACAAAAUAAAUGUUAAAAAAUUAAAUAUUCUAGAAAAUUUUUAACAGACAGCCCGACAGAACUUUGAAAGUUUUAAUUAACAAUUGAAGCAGUACUGUUAAAUUUAGGGUUGCGAAUUUUUGAUUUCGAAAAAUUUUUCUUAAAUGUUAGUUUUUCAAUUUUCGCUUCUGAUUUUGGGGAAUUAAAGUUAAAUAUUCAACUUUUAAUGCUAAUUUUUCCAGGAUGUUUAAAUUUGAAAAUUUAAUGCUUUCGAUUUAAUAGAAAAAUUGAAAGUUUCGGUUUUUAAUUCAAUAAUAAAAAAUGAUAAUUGAAGCCCAGAAUAUUUGGGAUAAAAAUUGAAAAAUUUUUCAAUUAAAAGAACGGAGUAACAACUUAAAAAUAAUGAUUUUUCAAAUUAAAAGCUGGCGUGAAAAGCGUUAAAAAGGCAGUAUUUACAUAUUUCUAACUGAAGCAUUAUAAUUAAAAGCAAAUAAAGCAAGCAGAGCAAAACUAUCUUGUUAUUUAAUACAAAUUAGCUUUUCUUUUCACAAUUUAAACAAAAUGAUAGGACACGAAGUAUGCAAGUGCGAUAAAUUUAAAUUCUAAAACCAUUUUUUUUGUUGAACUUUAAAGCUUUGGAUUGAUUUUUUUUUCUAUUUUCAAUCCAGAUUUGGGAUUAAAAAUGUUAAUUUGAGAUGCAAUUUUUUUAUUUUUAAUUCUAGUAUUCGAAAUUGAUUUUUUUUUCAAUCAGUGUUUGGGAUUAAAAAUAAAUGCGGAUUUUAUUGGUAAAUUUUUUUUUUAAUUUUAUAUUCCAAUAUUACAGAUUGAUUUGUUUUUCAACAUUUAAAAAUAAUUUUAAUUUUUUAAUUAAGAUUUUCAUAAUUGCAUAAUAAAAAAAAAUUAUUCAAAAGUUAAUUUAAUAAUUUUUUAGUCAUAAUUCUAAGGGCAAAGUGCAAAAUGGAGAAAGUGAUACAUUUAAUUUCACAGAAUAGUUUUUUCUUUGCAUAGUCAGUCAAACAUUUGUAAAUGAAUAUACUUGUAAAUCAUAUAAACAAGGUUUGGUUUUAAAACGUACUAAUGUCAUAGAAAAAAAAUAUCAAAUGACAAAUGAUACUUUUGUUAUUAUUUUUUUUUUAUUGGUUGAGUUGAAGAGGAAUAUUUGAUUAACUUUUAUUUAGAAACAUCUUAUCAUUUUUUUUGUUGUCAUAGCGACCCAUCCUUGUUAUGGAUUAGAUAAGUUUUCAUCGAGUUCAACCAACGAAAGGCUCAGGAAACGUGUUGUUUCGGACCAUAGAGAGAGAGGUAUCAGAUGUGUAGGGUUAACAGGGCACAUAAAGAGGUGGUUAGUGUCAUACAGGGACUUGUUGCACGCAUCUUAUCAUUAUUUGCAUUCGAUACCAAUACAAAAUCACAUUUUCAAAAUUAUUUAUUUAUUAAGCGUGGAAAGUUUUUUAACAGCCUCUAAGAAAUUUGAAAAAAAAGAUCCUUGUUGUUUUAUAUUUUGAUAGUUUAUACCUUAAAGCCAUAGCAAGCCAAAAUUUCAAAACGAUAUCUCAAAUAGUUUUUGAGUUACAGCCAUUUAAAGAGUAGCCGCUCAGCUCUAGUCUCAGUAACUACAGUUAUUUGUUUCCAAACAACAUUUUUCCAAUUUACUGCAGUGAUAACUCGAAUACAAAUGAUUCAAAACUCAUGCUAUUUUUGCCUGUAUUGCAUGUAAUUCUACAUACAAUGACCUCUUGGUUUUUAAAUCUUAUCAAAAAUUGAAUUUUGGCAAGCCAAAAACUACCAAAAUUUGGGGUAAAACUCAUUUUUUAAAGUUGCCAUUUUGUCAAUUUUGGACCUUUUUUUUAGGUCAUUGAACAUAGACUAGCUUCUAGUUUAACGAGAAUUUUUUAUUUUGAAGUUUCAUCCACGGAGAAAGGCGGAGUAAAAAAUGUUUUUUUUUUUCAAAAUUGACACAGUGUACAAAUAUACCCUGAAAAUUUCAAAACCAACGUUAUAGUAUUUUUUUUUUUAAUUUUCUAAAAUCGGCUGUCACCCAUUUACAUAUUUUGACAGAAGUCGUUCCCAUACUCGUAAUGGUUGUAAAAAAAGUGAAUAUAACAACUGUCAGAAGUUAUCAGUUUUAGUGCGAGGGUUUAUGUUUUAUGUACUAUGUAUUUUCGUAAUAAACAUUUUUUACAAGUAACCCACGGAAUUGUUUAUAGAAAAUAAUUGUAUUUAUUUUGUCAACAAAAUAUUGGAAAACGAAUUUUUGAAAAGAGGUUAGGUUUGUCUUGCUCAUAUUGAGUCUGCUGGAAAUAUACUCAUUGAGACACAUAGCGGUUGUUGUUGUUGUAGCGUUAUAAUUUUUGCUAAGUAAGUGGUGUGAGGAAUCCAUAGGCGGACGAAAUGAGAAAUUAAUGCAAAUUAUUAACAUAUUUAUUGUAAAUUAUCAAAAAAAUAUACUCAGCUUCAAUAAUAAUAUAAAACAAUAAGUUACUAACUGCACUAACGGUAAAUGAGAAAAUUUAAAAUGUACAAAAAAAAAACACGCAAACACAAAGCAGCGCUGAGCAGGAAAAUUUAAACUUAUUUUGAAAAACAAAAUAAUAUUCAAAAACUGAAAUCCCCAACAAACAAAAAACCCUCAACGAAUAUUGAAAUUGAUAAACGAAAUAUUUUACUUAUGAUAUUGCAUUUUAUAAAAACAAAAAACACAAAAUUACAUAAAUAUGUACACACAAACACACAAAGAGUAACUAAUCGAAGCGAAAUAAAUACUAACUGCCAUAGAAUUGCGAAAAGCGAAUUGAAUUCACUACUAAAUACAUAUAUACAUGAGUACAUAUGUACAUACUUCCAAUUGUUCUACAUGGUUACAUGCAAUUAUAAAACUAGCCUGAUGAUAUCAAUGUGCAUUGUGACAACAAACGAAAAAAUAAACAGAAAACUUACAUACAUACAUAUACACUUGUGCAUAAAUGUUGAAAAUCAAAGUUGUGAGUAAAGCAAAUUAUUGCGGUAACGAAAUCAAAGUUCUUCUAACAAUUAAGCAAAAACAACAAAUCAAAAGAGAAACAAAACCAAAAGAAAAUCAAAAAAUAAAAAUAAAAACACAAAAACAAAAGAAAAUUAAAAAGGAAAACAAAAAACUUGCUAAAAAAAAACAAAUUGAAACGUAAUCAAAACACCAAUCAACACAUUUUAUAUAACCAAUAAUUAAGUCAAUACAUAAAUAUAUAUAAUAUACUAUAAUUAUUAUAUAUAAUUACAAACUUUUGAAAAAUGACGAUGGAAUAUUGUUAAAUGGCGAUGAGUGUCUCACUAAGCGAUUGUGAGCGCAUAAUAUAAAUCACAUGCGCAUACAUACAGACAUACAUGCAAGUAUAUUUCGUCACCUGAAAUGCAAAACAACGUAUCAUCCAAAAAUUCGAUUUUUUUAUUGCUCACAAUUCACCACAUCAUAUAUACAUAUUUGUAAUAUCGUAAAAUUUCAAGCUUCCGCUCGCAGAUAUAACCAAUACAUAACCAUUUUAUAACCAAAACCCAAAUUUUGUUUCAACAUGAGUGGAUUCUAUUAAAUCGUUUUUUCUUCGCCUAAAAACUCAUUAAAAGUGAUGUUUGCAUUUUCAGUGACGAUUUGUAUUUACAUAAUGCAUUUCUGUAUAUACGAGUACUCUUAUGCUCAUGUGCAAGUUAUGCUCCGAAACUAUUGUAAUUGCAACAACUUUCAAUUUUCCAUAAAUAAAAUUGUUUGUGCACUUGGCAAUUUGUAAUUUAAACGGUAUUACCAAAAAUGUCUUAAGCAAAAUUUAUAUAUUUUUUUAUGCAAAUAAGUUUACAAUACCCUUUUGCGGUUAUCUUACUUGUUGUAAUUUAUAUAUUAUUUACUGUUAUAAUUUUUUGAUUGAUAUUUCUAUAUACGCCGACCGACUAGUCAGGAGUCUUCGCUAGAAAAAAUAAAUGCAAAAAGUUAUUUAUAUGAGAUCGUUUGUAA